AUGAUUGUCACCAGACGUGUAGCAUCUGCCACCCUGAAGCCGGGCAUCACUUGGCGAGCACAUCCCCAGAGGACAUUCGCCGAUAUUUCCGGCCCAAACAAGCCCGCACGGCCUACCGAGAUUCAAAACAACACCACGCUGUGGAUGACAGGCUUGGCGGGAGCAGGAUUGGCGGCUUGUUAUUUCAUCUUUUUGGCGAAACCAGAGGCCGUAGGUAGCGAAGCGACUGGCAACCCAGAAAAGAUGAGGGACCCCAAGAUGGCUAGAGAAAAGUAG